GUAUGCUUGACCAAUCUUGUAGAUAGAAUAACUGGAAUGGAUUUUUUAAAUAUUUUGAAACAACAAAUAUACGAAAAUGUUAAAGAAGAUUCUCUUAAACUUACUGAGGAGAUAAACUGGUGUGACUUUUCCACGGACGAAACUGGCAGCCAAACUUCAAAUGAAACUCUUAGUCACGACAAUUCGUUGUACGUCGGAAAUUUGGGUUUGAAUGUGAGACAAGUAGAUUUAUACAAUUACUUUUGCAAAUAUGGUGAGAUAAAAAGCGUGCAUUUGAAAACAGACUCAGUGGGAAGAUUGAGAGGGUAUGCCUUUGUAAAUUUUGAAAGUUCCGAUUCCGUUGACAAAGUACUAUCUAGCGUACACUUCAUCGAAGGAAAGUUCGCAAAAACUGGUAGGGCUUUAGGCAAAUCUGCAUGUAAUGGACUUAAGCCGUUUCCUAAAGUCCAUCCAGUAAAACACUCUCCUAAUAAUUCAUCAAACAACUCUGAUAAGGUAUUGUUUGUCGGUAAUUUGGAUCAGUCAAUAGCUGAAGAGGAUUUGCAUACUUAUUUCUGCAAAUAUGGACAAAUCAGAAGAGUCGACUUGAAAAUAGAUUCCGUGACGGGUAGGCCAAGAGGAUAUGCCUUUGUAGUUUUCAAAACUGCCGAAUCGGUUGACAGAGUACUUUCGGGCAGUGUACAUAUAAUCAAUGAAAGAGAGGUUGAUGUAGGGAAAGCUUUGGGUAAAACCGGAGGAAAGGGAAACUCGAUUCCAAAAGUUUCCACUAAAACCCCCAAACACAAUGAAUCACUGAAUGGACAGCGUAACAAAUUGUACGUCGGAAAUUUGAGUUGGCACAUAACAAGAGAAGAGUUGAACAGAUAUUUCUGCAAAUACGGUGUAGUACAACAUGUUGACUUGAAAACAGACUCAUCAGGGAUGUCAAAAGGGUAUGCUUUCGUUCAUUUCAAAAACGCCGCAUCCGUUGACAGAGUGCUGCUAGAUGAUCCCCACUUAAUCAAAGACACAGUUGUAGACACUGGAAGGGCUUUAGAAAGACAUGGGAAAGUUUUCGUGGGUGGUUUACCAAGAGAAGUUUCCCAGAGUGACAUCCUAAACUAUUUCUCCGACUUCGGAAGAGUGAUCGAAAUAAAAACUCCUUACGACCCCGACAGUCGAGAGAGAAGAGGGUAUUGCUUUGUCACUUUAGACUCAGAACAAUCCGUUAGAGAUUUGAUGGGAAGGCCGGAACACGUCAUAAACGGGGUAACAGUGUCUGUGAAAAGGCAAAUCCGUGGAACCAAAGAAGAUAGGAGAGAAUUUUACGUGGGAUCUCAAGGUACUGAUUCUGAAAGUGACUCUGAAGAUGAUUUCUAAAAAUAUUUGUGUCAGGAUACAUUUGGAAUUGUCUUGAAAGAAUCUUAAAUCCGAAGAUCUCUUAGAAUUUGCUAAUCUUUUUUCUUUUGAUACUAUCCUAUAUCUUCUGUAAUUCAUUUUCUAUCAAUCACCCUUUAUUUCGUCUUUUAUGAAAGAUAUUUUCUCACUACAACUCCACUCAGAAACUAUUCCAUUUACAUAUUUUUUCCUCAAAUUUGUUUAUGCACACAAGAGUCCUUUGGUGAAUAGCUCCAAUAACAUAUGUUAAAUAUAGUUUUUGUCGAUUAAAUAUUGAAAAUAAAAUUAGUGUGCUCUAUGCUUUUUGGUGUGUAAUAAAAUAGUUUACGUUCUA